CCUAAAAAAUCUCAUAAACCCUCAUUACUUAUCAGCCAAAAAUACAGCCCUCUUCUCUCACUCUUUUGUUUUAGGGUUUUAUUCAUCAAACGCUCUCUCAAGGUUACAAGAUACAAAAAGUAUGGCUUUUUUCAAUAGAGCUCGUGGUAUACUAAAGACAGUGGCGACUAAGAACAUUAGUCAUGAAAUGUCGGGUGCUAGCCCGUCUUUAUUUCAAAUGAUUCGAUGUAUGUCCAGUUCAAAAGUGUUUGUGGGAGGAUUGGCAUGGGCUACAGAUGAUUCUAGUUUGCGUGAAGCUUUUAGCGCGUAUGGGCAAGUUCAAGAAGCUAGAGUGAUCUUGGAUAGAGAAACUGGCAGGUCCAGAGGUUUUGGAUUUGUUACUUUUGAUGACACCGAGGCUGCUUCUGCUGCCAUCCAGGCAAUGGACCAACGGGAGUUGCAUGGCCGGACGGUGAGAGUGAACUAUGCCAAUGACAGACCACAAGGUGGAGGUGGUUUCCGGUCAGGUGGUGGCGGUUUUGGAGGUGGUGGUGGUUAUGGUGGAGGCGGUUAUGGAGGAGGUGGCGGUUAUGGUGGUGGUGGUUACGGCGGAGGAGGCAGUGGUGGUUAUGGUGGCGAUGCUGCUGUUGGUGGAUAUGGUGGAAAUAGUUAUGGCAAUGCCGGUGGCUUUGGGGGUGAACGUCAAAAUUUCGGUGUUGGUGGCGAUAGCUUUGCUAACGAGAGUGGUGAUGCCGGAAACACCUUUGCUGCCGAUGAUGCUCCUGUAGAAGGAAGUUACAGAGACAAUGAUGAGCCUGAUGACUUUGCCAAAAGAGCCUGAUCACCUGCUAUGAGUCAAGUUUAUUUUCAUCUGGACAGCUGUUUGCAGCUUAUUAUGGUCUUUUACUUUUUAAGUGUUUAUUUUGUGGAUGUUGAACCCGCAAUGUAAAACUUUGACUCUAAUGGUCUCAAUCGGUUAAAACUUUAUUUAUGUUUCUGAGAACAA